UUUUCAUUACUUGUUUUAUUCAUUGGUGGGGGAAUUAGUUGGAUUAUUAUUGGAGAGUCGCCAUGUCCGAAGAAGAGCCAGUGGAUAAGAAACCCGAAAUAGAAGAAUCUUGUCAACCACAUUGCUCUCACGAAUGGGCGGAAUAUCGAGCUUGUGUCAAACGAAUCGAAAAUGAUACAACUGGAGAAGCUCACUGUACUGGACAAUACUUGGACUUUUGGCGUUGUGUAGAUCACUGCGCUGCGAAGAAAAUAUUCCAGACUUUGAAGUGAGGUCAAAGCUUGGUUGUCUAACCUUGAUCUUUUGUCAUAAAAGAACAAUAUUCAAUAAAUAAAAGUCAAAAUAGAACAAGCAA